CACGAUUGGCCGACGUAAAAUCAAACCCUUUAGCCUGUGAUGUUGCAGCGCUUGUGUCUACCUGGGAGGUUAAACUCAGGGAAAAGAGUUAUUGGGUACUCAGUUUCCGGUAAAUCAUUGUAGCCUUCCUAAAAGAAAGAAAAUGGAAUCCUGAAAUUGUACUUAGCUAAACAGUCGAGCGUUUCUGAGAUAAUAUUAGAAGAACAAUUUGGAAGUACGAUUACAUUGCUACGAACAUUAUUGAACAGCCGAGUUUUCCCUUGAUGGCCAUUUCCCUGGUUGAUUGUAAUACCAGAGACGGCAGCAGCUGGAUCUUGCCGAAGAUUGGAGAGCAUUCCCUCAACCUCCCUCCCCUCUGAAUCAAUGGAAGGGUCUGACAGUUUAGAGCAGAGUGGCAGUGACCAGCCAGAGUCACAACGCCGAAGGCAGCUGGACCGCCUGGACAGGGAGGAGGCCUUCUACCAGUUUGUCAACAAUCUAAGUGAUGAGGACUAUCGUCUCAUGAGAGACAACAAUCUUUUGGGCACCCCAGGAGAGGUGACAGAGGAUGAGCUGUUUAGUAGACUUCAGCAAAUAAAAGAUGGUCCAGAACAGCAGAAUAACAGUACUAGUGCCCCCAGCACUGAAAGUGUAGAAGAUCCAGUUGAACCACCAGAAAACUCUGAGGAUCCUGCCAAUGGGGAUAGUCUCUUAGACUGGCUGAACACAGUAAGGCGCACAGGCAACACAACCAGAACUGGCCAUCGUGGAAACCAGUCAUGGCGGGCCGUAAGCCAGACCAACCCAAACAGUGGCGAUUUUCGCUUCAGCCUGGAAAUCAGUGUGAAUCGCAACCUGGCUGAACAGCAGGCAGCUGCUGAAGGGGAGCAGGAGUCUCAAGAAGAGUCUCCAGAGGGUCAAGAAGUGGUGGCGAAUGCUGAACCACUGGUGGCGAAUGCUGAACCACUGGUGGCGAAUGCUGAACCACUGGUGGCGAAUGCUGAACCACUGGUGGCGAAUGGUGAUCCACUGGUGGCGAAUGGUGAUCCACUGGUGGCGAAUGGUGAUCCCCAGGUGUCCAUUGCGGAUCCCCAGGUGUCCAUUGCGGAUCCCCAGGUGUCCAUUGCGGAUCCCCAGGUGUCCAUUGCGGAUCCCCAGGUGACCAUUGCUGAUCCCCAGGUGACCAUUGCGGAUCCCCAGGUGACCAUUGCGGAUCCCCAGGUGACCAUUGCAGAACCACAGGUGCCCAUGGAGACGGAAGUGGUGGAAGAACCAGUUGUAGAGGAAUUGGCUGUCAUAGUGGAACCAGAACUAGAGCCAGAAUUAGAAGAAGUUGUUUCACAUGAGAUUUUUGAAGAACCACCCAGGUCACCUGCCACCCUAACAGUACAACCACCACUUUCUCCUUCUCCACGCAGAGGACAGAGGAGAGCCCGCAGCCGUAGUCCAGAACCACGCAGGACUAGGGCCCGUACAGCUAGGAGCCGCUCCCCUCUCAACCUGGAUCAGCAGGAUGGUCUACGUAAUCUACAUAAUGCUCACGGCUCUCAAGGCCUCAACUCUGCUGCCAAUAUGCCCCUUGUGCCUCAAGUGGAGGGCAGUUCUCGGACUCGACAACAUGUUCUUUCUAGGCAAAGCACUGCUGACAGUGAUGUUCAGCCAUCUAGGGCUGGUGCAGAAACGGUCCCAGAGGCCCAAAAUAUGGCAUCUCAGGAAGGAGAAGCUGCUGGGGGGGAAGCGGGCGCAGCCGGGCGCCGGCCCCCUACUAUUAUGCUUGAUCUCCAGGUGCGCCGUGUGCGUCCAGGCGAAUAUCGCCAAAGAGACAGCAUUGCUAGCCGAACCCGCUCGCGCUCCCAGAACUCAAACAACACAUUUCUUUAUGAGAGUGAGCGUGGUGGAUUCCGUAGGACUUUCUCACGCUCUGAGCGUGCUGGUGUGAGGACCUAUGUCAGCACUAUUCGCAUCCCUAUCCGAAGAAUCUCUGAUGCAGGUUUGGGAGAGGCAACCUCAAUGGCUCUCCAAUCUAUGAUUAGGCAGAUAAUGACUGGUUUUGGUGAACUCGGCUACCUCAUGGAUUCAGACUCUGAUUCUUCAGAUUCAAACCGUGGAGCCAGCACACCUGCAGAUCUAGCUGAAGCCCUCAACAACCCAGAUGCUACUCCUGCUGCUCCUGUUGCUGAUGUUGAUGAACCACCUGUGGCUGCAGGAGUCAGAGCAAGGACAGCUGAAUCUGAUAUUGAUGAGGGCCUUGCCACUGCUCCACCUCCCUCCGGGGGCAGGGCUCGACCUAGACCACCUAUCAGCCUGGAGGAGCCCAGCUCACUGCCCUUCCUGCGGCUUGCCCACUUCUUCCUCCUAAAUGAUGAUGACGAGGACCAGCCCCAAGGGCUGACCAAAGAGCAGAUUGACAACCUCUCAAUGCGCAACUUUGGUGAGAGUGAUGCCUUGAAGACUUGCAGUGUAUGCAUAACAGAAUAUGCAGAAGGUAACAAGCUACGUAAGCUGCCCUGCUCUCAUGAGUAUCACGUGCACUGCAUUGAUCGCUGGCUCUCUGAAAACUCCACUUGCCCCAUCUGCCGCAGGGCUGUCUUGGUAUCGGCCAACCGAGAGAGUGUGGUGUAGCUUAUUAAAGACUGCGGGCCUUUUGUCUCAACCUAAGUAAUCAAAUAUCCCAAGUCCAAAAGAGGCUUUGAAUGUGUCUCCACUGUUGAAAUGUAUUUCCUUCAUACCAUUUGUGAGUUUGAUCAUAAUGCAUUUAUAGAUUUGAUUCGGGGUGCUCCAUACAGUGACACCGGGGCAUAUUCAGUCUUUAGUAAGACAUUUAUUAUUGCAGUCCAAAGUUAGGCACAAGCAAUGCAUGCUGUUUGAAUCAACUUGUAGUGACCAAGCAGUCUGUUGCAUUGCAUUAAGCCGUGCACACAAGCAGACUGGUAUCUCUUAAAGAAUCCCCUGGUUAUAAAUGCUGCACAUCUGCAGGUAGUUGCGGCACAUCUGCUCUUUUGUAUUAACUCGUAAAUGGCGCCUUAUAUACCGGAAGUUGGGUAUUGGUACAGUUCUUAGUUACACAAGUUCAAAGUAUUAGCUGUAAAUAAGCUUGUAAAAAUAAGUUUGAAUCAUACUUUGUAUUAGUGAAUUGGUUUUGAAUUGUAAAUUAUCUCAUAAAGAUUAGGGUUGUGUUAGCCGCAAUUACUCUCUAUCGGAGCAUCCCUAAAUUUGCUGUUGACGAAUAGGUGGUGUCAGUGUACACAGCUGAAUUAUUUAGAGUUUGAGGUGUCCACAGGAUGUAGGACAUAAAUUGGUUUGCCAUUAACAGUGCGACUUGUGCUCUCCGUUUUUUGUUCACUUGAAAGAAUCCAAAACUACUGUUUUGGGCAGCAUUUACCAUGAAGACUCUGUGAUGAAUUGUUUAAAAAAAAGUAGAUUGUUGUACAGACAUGAGGGAAAGACGAAUCAAACCAGGCUAGUUUUGCAAAAUGUCCACUUAUUUUGGAAUCGUAGCAUCUUUAUUUUCUUGAUCAUUAAAACGAUUGUGUAGUAUUCAUACCAGAAAUUAGGGAUGUCUCAAUAUUGAAUGUCGAUCAAGUGGUUGGCAUGUGAAUUUACUACAUCAGGCAUGACAUGUCAAAUAAUUUGAAUAUACUUGCCUUUUCCCCCCCCAAAUGUCAAAGGAUACUUACUUUUUAAUGUACAACAAUGAUUUCACAAUCACUCGUCCAGUCAUCUAUUAUCUACUGGUCUGAUUCUUAAUUUUUCCACUAACAUAUUGGAUUGUCUUUAAUUAUCGAUUGAUUGAAUCAAGUUCUCUAAGAUGGUAUUGGCAUUAAUUGAAAUGACCAGAAAUUGACUUCAAGUGAAAUGUCAACUCAAACCAGAUCUCUUUACCUGGAGGUCCACCUCAAUGUACACGUGACAACUUAAGUUA